AUGAGCAGUCAGUCGCAAAGCUCACAAUCUAAACCCGUGAGUGCACCGGAGUUCCGGAAGCUGGAUCAGCAACCGCCACGACAGCAGUCGCCUUCUCCUCCCCGGCAACAAACUAGACUUGCAACACUUGCUUCAUACUUCCCCUAUGGCAGACGAACAAGUAGUAACGCCAGCGCUACCCAGUCUCGUCAAUCAGUGUCCUCAAGCCAACUCCCACAAUCCUCUUCGUCUUCUUCUCCCCCAUCUACAAGAGCAGGCAAAAACGGAGAACACUCGACCAUGAACCCACUUAACAAUGGCCUGCCACAACCAACCAGUUUCCUGCAGGGCGCGCUGAACCGCGAACAGGCUCUUCGGAAGGAGGCAGAGUCGCGUCUCACGCAAGCAAAUACCGAACUCGAAGAGCUGAGCGCCGAGCUAUUCAUGCGAGCAAAUGAGAUGGUAGCAAACGAGCGGAGGGAGAGAGCAAAGCUCGAGGAGCGUGUCCAGGUGCUUGAAAAGCGGGACAAGGAGAAAAGGACGAGGCUUGAGCGGUUGGAGAAAGCGGUCGAGCGGGUUGAAAGAGUCAAGGGUUUGAUAGGUAACCCAUAG